AACUAUCUGGACCGGCAAUAUUGGGAUUUAAUCAAGAAACUAUAGUCUCUCAAUUAUUAAAUAAUGUUAUAUUUAUACCAUUAUUUUUUAAAUUCAAACAAUUUAACAUAGUAGUAUCAAAUAUUGGUAAUAAAAUAACUGAUAGGUUUGAAUCAUUACUUAUAGCUAAAAAAGGAGAGAAAAAUUAUCUUGUACAUCAAUGUAUUGCAAAUAAUAUGUAUUAUCUUAAUUUCUAUAAAGAAGACAAAAUCAAUUUUCAUUAUGAAGAUAUAACGAUGGAUGCAGUAUGGAAAAAAACUAAUAUACUUGCAAAAUAUGAUGGAACAACACUUUUUGGAUCUAAUCAUUCUUUAGUACAACAAUAUCAGUCUACAAUUUCAUGUACACUAUAUAAUUAG